CUGCACCCCAACCCCGCCGAGGGCUGGCCCCUCUCCGCCCGGCAUCUCGGCCACGCGGGUGCGGGUGCGUGUGUGCACGCGCGCCUGUGUGUGUGUGUGCGUGUGUGUGUGUGCGUGUGUGCGCGUGUGUGCGCGUGUGUGGCCGAGAGGGUCGGCAUCCUCGUUCGGAGUUUGGGUCGUCCGGGUCUGGCGGGAGCGCUGUCCCCCGGCCCGGCCCCGGCGCUGUCGCAAGUGCCCGCGGCGGGGCGAGCGGCACGGUCCGAGCUCCCGGGGCUGUCGGGGCCGCCGGCGCGGCUCGGGGCUUUGUUUUCCGUCCCCCCCCCCCAAACCCCUCGCCGAGGCCACCCGAGGCGGACGCGGCUCCGGGGCUCGGGGCGCUCUCCCGGGAGCCGCUGCCCGAUCGUCGCCGGCCCCGUCCCGAGAGCCGGACGCCGAGAGCGCCGGGCGGGGAAGUCCUGGCGCCCGCAAACGCCCGCAAACGCCCGCAAACGCCUGCAAACGCCCGCAGAGCCCCGGCCGCGCCACUUUGCCACUGCCCCGAGCCGCCGCGGCUUCCCGGCGUGAUUGUUUCUCUUUAUUCAGAAGCCUAACGUUGUUUGCUGAUUGCAAGAAGAUGUUUCUUUGGCUCUUUCUGAUUUUGUCAGCCCUGAUUUCGUCGACAAAUGCAGAUUCUGACAUAUCGGUGGAAAUUUGCAAUGUAUGUUCCUGCGUGUCGGUUGAGAAUGUGCUCUAUGUGAACUGUGAGAAGGUUUCAGUCUACAGACCAAAUCAGUUGAAGCCACCUUGGUCUAAUUUUUAUCAUCUCAAUUUCCAAAACAAUUUCUUAAAUAUCCUCUAUCCAAGUACAUUCGUGAAUUUCUCUCAUGCAGUCUCCCUGCAGCUGGGAAAUAAUAAACUGCAGAAUAUAGAGGGAGGAGCUUUUCUUGGGCUCAGUGCAUUAAAGCAGUUGCACUUGAACAACAAUGAAUUAAAGAUUCUCCGAGCUGACACUUUCCUUGGCAUAGAGAACUUGGAGUAUCUCCAAGCUGACUACAAUUUAAUCAAGUAUAUUGAACGAGGAGCCUUCAAUAAGCUCCACAAACUGAAAGUUCUCAUUCUUAAUGACAAUCUGAUUUCAUUCCUUCCUGAUAAUAUUUUCCGAUUUGCAUCUUUGACCCAUCUGGACAUACGAGGGAACAGAAUCCAGAAGCUCCCUUACAUUGGAGUUCUGGAGCACAUAGGCCGAGUUGUUGAGUUGCAACUGGAAGAUAACCCUUGGAACUGUAGCUGUGAUUUGUUGCCUUUAAAAGCCUGGCUAGAGAACAUGCCCUAUAACAUUUACAUAGGCGAGGCUAUCUGCGAAACCCCCAGCGACUUAUAUGGCAGGCUUUUAAAAGAAACCAACAAGCAAGAAUUAUGUCCCAUGGGCACAGGGAGCGAUUUUGAUGUCCGAAUUCUGCCUCCAUCUCAGAUGGAAAAUGGCUACACCACUCCCAAUGGUCACACCACCCAAACAUCCUUACACAGAUUAGUGACCAAGCCACCGAAAACGACAAACCCAUCCAAGAUCUCUGGCAUCGUGGCUGGCAAAGCCCUGUCCAAUCGCAAUCUUAGUCAGAUUGUGUCUUACCAGACCAGGGUUCCGCCUCUUACACCCUGUCCAGCACCUUGCUUUUGCAAAACGCACCCUUCCGAUUUGGGACUGAGCGUCAACUGCCAAGAGAAAAACAUCCAGUCCAUGUCCGAACUGAUACCGAAACCUUUAAAUGCCAAGAAGUUGCAUGUCAAUGGCAAUAGCAUCAAAGAUGUGGACGUUUUGGACUUUGCUGAAUUUGAAGGACUGGAUUUGCUUCAUUUAGGAAGCAAUCAGAUUACAGCAAUCAAAGGGGACGUUUUCCACAAUCUCACUAAUUUGCGCAGGUUGUAUCUCAAUGGCAAUCAGAUCGAAAGACUCUAUCCCGAAAUAUUCUCUGGCCUUCAUAACCUGCAGUAUCUGUACUUGGAAUACAAUUUGAUUAAGGAAAUCUUAGCUGGCACUUUUGACUCAAUGCCAAACUUGCAGUUGCUCUACCUAAAUAAUAAUCUCUUAAAGAGCCUGCCGGUUUACAUUUUUUCUGGAGCACCCCUGGCAAGACUGAACCUGAGAAACAACAAAUUUAUGUACCUUCCCGUCAGCGGGGUCCUUGAUCAGCUGCAGACCCUGACACAAAUUGACUUGGAGGGCAAUCCAUGGGACUGCACUUGUGACUUGGUGGCACUCAAACUGUGGCUGGAGAAAUUGAACGACGGCAUUGUCGUGAAAGAACUGAGAUGUGAGACACCCGUGCAGUUUGCCAACAUUGAGCUGAAGUCCCUCAAAAAUGAAAUCUUAUGUCCCAAGCUCUUGAACAAGCCAUCUGCGUCAUUCACCAGCCCGGCACCCGUGAUCACGUUCACCACCCCGCUGGGCCCCGUUCGAAGUCCUCCUGGUGGUCCAGUGCCUCUUUCAAUUUUAAUCUUAAGCAUCUUAGUGGUCCUGAUUCUCACCGUGUUCGUGGCUUUUUGCCUUCUUGUUUUUGUCCUGCGCCGGAACAAGAAGCCCACGGCCAAGCACGAAGGCUUGGGGAACCCCGAAUGCGGCUCCAUACCCCUGCAGAUGCGGAAGCAUGACCACAAGAGCACCAAAAAGGACACUCUGAGCACAGAAGCAUUCAUCCCACAAACCAUCGAGCAGAUGAGCAAGAGCCACACCUGCGGCCUGAAAGAGUCUGAAACAGGCUUCAUGUUUUCUGACCCCCCAGGGCAGAAAGUCAUGAUGAGAAACGUGGCCGACAAGGAGAAAGAUUUACUGCACGUGGAUACCCGCAAGAGACUGAGCACCAUCGACGAGCUGGAUGAAUUAUUCCCAAGCCGAGAUUCCAAUGUGUUCAUUCAGAAUUUUCUGGAGAACAAGAAGGAGUACAACAGCAUCGGCGUCAGUGGCUUUGAGAUCCGCUAUCCAGAAAAGCAGCAAGACAAAAAAAACAAGAAGUCACUAAUAGGCGGCAACCACAGUAAAAUCGUUGUGGAGCCAAGGAAGAGCAGUGAGUAUUUUGAACUGAAGGCCAAACUCCAGAAUUCUCCUGACUACCUACAGGUCCUUGAAGAGCAAACAGCUUUGAACAAGAUCUAGGUCAUGCAAAGUUACUGCAGACAGAGGACAUUUAUUUAAUGAUGAAAGUGCCUUUUGUUGACUUGUAACGUCCAAAUACUAUAUUAUCAAUAGGCAUAGAGGCAGGUGUUUCCAAGGGUGUCUCAUUAACUGUAGCUGCAAAGAAGUGUCCAGUAGAAGAGAAUUUCCUUAAUCGAUUUUACUACACAAAACCUAUACUGUGGAGUCCUGUGGGGAUACUGCAAACUCUAUUGCCAAAGGGAUGCUUUAUAUACGUAACGCUUUGACUUUAACCUAAAGAGGCAAAUUUGUUUUGUUCCCCAAUGCAAAACCUCCGUCUCUUUGUGCUUUGUAAAGCAAACUCAAGAAAACUGGUACCAGUGUUUGUACCUUAGCUGGGUCCUUCAUCUUGCACGUAGAUUAAGUUGGUGGAACUGGAAUAAUCCUUUUGAUUUGUGGCAUUGUAACAACCUUGUGUAAAGAUUAUCUGAAAAGUUUAAAAAAAAAGCAUGCAAAGAGAGAACAUUCGAUAGUAUUUGUAAAUCGGUAACCUUUAUGGCCUGCAUCUUGAAACCGCUGGAUUUAUAAUGUUAAAUUGUGCAAAUAUUUGUUUAAAAUAUACCAUGCAUUACAGAACUAUAAAAUAAAUUUGAACACUUUAAGUAUUACCUGUCUAUACAAAAACCUAAAAGAGAAAAAAAAUCAAUGUGAGUUACAUAGCAUUUGUGGUGAUUUGAAGAAAUACGUGAUGUUUAUCAGAAUUAAAUAUGGCUCAAAUUAAAACUGACAUUAGAGUUUGUUCUCAGUUAUGUGAAAUACCCACAAUCCUUAAAGGUUGUCCAAAACUAGCGAAGUGCUUACCGUGUGAGCGCACCCAAAGCUAUUUUUGUAACAUAAUUCAUAUUUAUGAAGUACUUUGUAUACUAAAUAGGAAAAUAUGUACUCCUUAAUAUGUAUUUAAUAUGCUUGUUUUCCUGAUCACAGGGGAUUUAUCAAGAAGCAUAAAUUCAGACAGAAAAAUAUACCAAACUGAAGCGUAAGUGUACAGAAAUAUUCUGGACAUUGUGAUCAGGUAUGAUUUAAAAACAAAACAAAAAGAAACAAAAAAAGAAACAAAAAAGAAAUGAAAAUACAAAAAAAAAACCACAAAAACAAAAUACCAGUUCUGUGAUACUCUUGAGAAUUUAGCAUACUAUCUUCAGAUUUGUUACCAACAGUGCAUUUUAAAAUAGGUUCCUUAGUUUUAUAGUAUCGUGUCUGGGACAGUUGUUAUUUGCCAUCAGUUGUCUUGCUUUUCAGGAUUCUCUGAGCUUAAUUCAAAUAGUUUUCACUACAAAUAUUUAAAAAAAAUAAUGAGUAAGGUAAAUAGUUAUAUCUUGUAUGCAUCAGUAUCAUGUUCUUUCAACAUUCUGACUACUAUCAGAUAAUCAAGUAGGACAGUAAACAUCAUGGUAAUCUUGGCUAUCAAAGCCACACUGUAAAAUGCUUUCAUUGGUCUCAGAAGAGUUUCAGUCUGCAACUACAAAUGACAUGCCACUGUGUUUGCUUGUGCUGUUAAUUCCAAGUUGAAAUUGAUCAAAGGAAGGAAGGAAGUACUCGACAAUGGGAGAGAUUUGAAGAUUUUUCAGGAGCUCCCAAUUAGCAAAGUAAGAUUCAGAAACACGUUGCCUUCUUGGCUUGCCUGCAUAUGUAUACUUUUUGUGCUCGAUCUCUUAUAACUACUGUGUUAUUCAGUAAGAUGGCCGAGAAAGUAAACAUAGACAUUCUUCAUGAAUUUCAAGUGGCAGAUGUUUUGGUACAGCUUCCAAAAUGAUAUUAUGGUUCACGUUGGAACAGAAGCCUCUUUAUUAAUUACUAAUUUCGGGGCUUUCUGUGGUUGUUCCAAGAUAAAACAAACAAACAAACAAACAACUUGGCAUUCUUGGAGGGUGUGUGUACAUUUGUGUGUGUGUGUGUGUGCGUGUGCGUGCGCCUGUAAGAUAUAUAUGAAAACAUAGAUUAUUUGGAACAUUUUUUAAUAGCUAUAUCUUUGGUCUCCAUACGUGUGUGCUGGUGCUCUUCAAAGUUUAAUGUGGAAUUUUGAUUUUCAUGACAAUGUUUGUGAGAACUUUAUAUGAAUAUUAAAAAAAUAAAAACAAAAACUUACUUCCUAUCUUAAAAGAAAGAUCUUAAGAUAUGUGCCCAACAACUUGUUUUCAUCUACAGUUUCAUAAGAACUUUUAAUAUGCCAUCACCAUGCUUGCAUGCAUUCAUGGAUUAAAGGCUCCUGAUGCAUACUGACAGGAUAAAGAUGCAAAAGCUUCAAAGAAAGUGUUUUAGUUUAUCCUGUCAAUAACGUAUGGAUUGAGGAAUUUUAAGUAGACACUUUGGGGAGGAACCAGAAAGCUCCAUCCAUGAUCUGGGGAUAAUAGGUCAUUGGGAUGACUUUUGUUCAGUGUGGUAAUGCUUUAAAGGUGUUUCAAGGUUUUUACAGAGCUGUCAGUGGCAAAAGUACCUGCCAUUAUUUCAAAGCUUGCUGAAGCAUAUUGGCUAUUUCAUUCUCUUCUGCUACAAGUUAUAAAUGCUCAACAUUUUAAAAAAAGUCAUUUAAAUAUAUAUGGUUAUUUGGAAGUCCUAAUCAUAAGUGAAUGACAUGAAAAAAAUCCUUCAUUAAGAUUUAUAUAUUUUCCUUAACUGAAGUCGUUGUGCCUACAUUACAGUGUAUACUAUUUUGCACCUGUCUCUCAUUAGUUCUCCUUGUACAUUUUAUGAUAACGUAGUUAGGCAUCCGUUUUGAGUUGAGAACAAGAGCAGUGAAAAUACUGUAUCUACAGUUUACUGGUUUCAGCCCUAAUUUAGAGUUUUCAUUUUAACUCCUUGAGGAAUGAUCUGUGUGACAGUAUAGCACUUGCAGUCGAAUUAGAUUCAGAUCUAGAAAAUCUAAGAAGUGCUCAUUUCUAAUUUGGUCUGACACAUCAUGGGCUUCUUGGCACAGCCUAAUGUGCUCGGCCUCUGUUAGAAUGGUUGCCACAAAAUUAGAUCAUAUGAGAAAUUAGUGAAGGGAUUGAGAAAAUACGUUUUGUCCACAUACUAGAAAUUGAUUUUUUAAUUUUUAAAUUAAAUCUAAAAAGGUGAUUGGAUUCUUUCAAGUAUAUUUUUGUGUGUUUUUAUGAGGAACCAGUUAACAAUAUACAGCAAUUCAAGUUAAUUCAAGGCAACUUAUAUUCUAUAUUUAGUUUUCUAUUCUGAAUAAUAUACUGAAGAAAUAAAUUAUUAGAAAAUCAUUUUAAGACCACUCUCUUUGGUUGCUUUUCAAAAACGUUAAUUUCUUAAAGUCAAGGAUACAUAAAUUUGAAAGGGCAUGGCCUCAUGAAUAACAUUAAUAGGGUUCGCAGAUAAAAACACUUCUAGAAAUGUAUGGCAGUAAUAUUAAUCUGUAAUAUCUUUUGCAUGAUUUGUACAUUGACAAUGUAUGAAAUGAGCACAGUGAGUUAAUUUUUUUGCUAUUGUUGCAUCCAAAGAGCUGGGGAGGAAAUAUAUUAAGAAUGUAUUUAUAAUAACUUUUGAAAUAAAGCAAAGAAAACAUCAAAUUCUUUUUAUCCUGAUUUGAUUACUAGUAUUUUAGGGUAGUUUAUAAGACAAAAAAAAUCAAGUGAUGCUCUAAGCUAACGUAAAUCACAGAAAGGAACUGCUUUAACAGCUUUUGUUUGCUUUUAAUAACAUCAAGGUAUUAGGGAAAAUUUAUUAAAUGCCCAUUUUUAUGAAAGUAUUAAUAAAAUUAUUUGCUACAAUGGUAUUUCUGAAACCACCAUUUGUUAAAUCUAUUGAUUUUUCUAUUAUUUUUUCAGAAGAAAUAAUGCAAUAGCCACUGAUCUUUUUUUCACUUAAAUUUGAGGAUAAGAAAUAGAGCUUAAAAUGCUGUUUGUUAUUGAACUUAAUUGCUAAACCUAUGUUGAGAUGCUUUCUUUCCAAACAUCUUUUCACUGUUUUCCUUUCCACUGGCAGUCUCUUUGGAGAAGCAUCAGACAGUGCCAAAAUCAACAUGCUUUGAUUCUUGCCCAUUCCCUUGAAUCAGUUGGAAUCCAACAUAACUGUAGAUAGGCAAACAUUAAUAUUUUGUCUUAACUAUCUAUUCAAAUACUCAUAGAAAAUAUUCAUGGCCUCUAUAACACAUGAUCAGCUCAGAUCGUUUUAAGUUAGUUACCCAUUUAUAAGAUGGAUAUUGAUUUUUAUUUGAAACUGUCAAAGAUGACCCAGAUAAUCAAUCCAUCAUUUUUCUGGUGUUGUCGUUAAUAACAGGGAACCAAUUACUUUAUGGUUAAUUUGAGGCCACAAAGAUUAUUCCCAAACUAUUGUAUUGACGAGGAAAAUGGAUUUAAUACAUGAUUCCUUAUGGGAGCAGAAGGAGAGGGAACAGAGAAUGUAAAUCAAAGUUGUUAUGACUUUAGAUCUUCACCUUAGUAUGCAGAGGAUGUGAAUAAUAUUGAUACUAUAUAGGAAUACUAUUGGAUAUCUUAUGUAUCCCAGACUGCAUAUGUCUCAUAGAGUUUUGUGACUUUGCUUAAGUUUUUCUAGGAGUACUAGACACAGGACUUUGGUUCCCGACCACUUGGUUAUAUUGGUAAGCAGCAACGAGUGAGAGUUUGGCUUAAUUCCUAGUGUUCGUUCAAUCAUGUUUAGAUGGACUAAAUCAAAAUAUCUUAUUUGCGAGAUCACAUACUGGAGAUAAUCGCUGACAUAUAAGAGGGUCAUUGGAAACUUGGUAACCCUCAAUUUAAGAACUGCUGGGAAUUAUUUGUUAAAUCAAAAUCAAAAGGGAUCUGGAGCUGUAAGAUGGUGGUUAGAUGCUCACAUUGCGUCAGGUGUAAGACCCUGGGUGUCAUCUUUUGCAUCAGGGGUUGGUGGGCAGAAGCAAAUGGGAGCUAAUAUGAAUUGUUAUAGCUUGUGUAUAAAAUGCUCUUAAUCUAACUUUAAAUUUAAUUUUGUUUCAGCUUCCACUAGUCGAUACAAUUGCAUUAGACGGGGAAAUCAAGGAAAGCAAUGUCUUUUCCCUAAAAUAACAUGCCCUGUCUCUAUGUUUGCAGAGAGAAAAGGAAGUGAAGCUCUGAGAUUGCUACUAGAAAACUUUGAGCCGAAUCAUUGUUAUUCAGAAUAAAAGGAGCAAUUUUUAAUUGAAAUCAUAAUUACUAGAUUCACUGAACAUAGAACCCAGAACCAGGUAAAGUUUCUCAGUCCUCCAAUUUUGUUUUUUAUAGACACCGACUAAAUAGAAAUUGGGAUGAUGUCAAUCAUUUGAAAAGUGAGAAAUUGCCUGUCUCACAAGUAAGGCUGGUAAAGAAACAAUAUGAAUAUGUAAUAAAAAACUACGUAUCAUUUCUAAGUAGGUCAUAGGAAGGGAAUAAUCAUCUACGGUCCGCAAACAAUAAUUUUCUCUUAGUUGGCACCUCACAAAUAACUAGCUUAUGUCAUAUAUACUGCUGUAUUGCUAUACUGCUGGUUAAUAACUAAAGAAAGCUGUGUUUUGCAAGGAUUCUGCUCAUGAAGGUCUUUGAAAACUGUAGUAGGCUCUGUUCUCCCUACUAAGAAUUGUGAUGUAUAUUUCCAUCAUCGUUCUAUGUAAAUUGAACCAUUGUGGUAAAAUUCUGGAGUUGAUAUUCAAUAAUUUUAUUGCUGUUUUCACUAAUAAAAGUCUUUUCUUAUAGGCCA